UCCAUACGAAGUAGUCUAUUACACCGAGAAAAGCUCUCUGCAACUCACUCACUCCACUUCUGAGACCAUGGCUUCUGCUACUCUCACCACAUCAGCAAGCCAUGGCCACCUCCCUCACCUCGCUAUCUUUCCGUUCAUGGCGAAGGGCCACACCAUCCCGCUCAUACAGCUUGUCAACUACCUCCGUCACCAGCGCCUCGCCGCCGUCACCUUCUUCACCACCCCGGGCAACGCCGCCUUCGUCCGCGAUGGGCUGUCGACGUGCGGCGGCGCCGGUGAGGACGACGACGAUGACGACUUAGCCGUCGUCGAGCUCGCGUUCCCCGCGGCCGACGCAGCAUCACCGGGCGGCGCCGAGAGCGCCGAGGGGCUCACGUCCAUGGCGUCGUUCGUCGCCUUCGCGGAGUCCACGUCGCUGCUGCGGCCGCGGUUCGAGGCGUCCGUCGCCGCCAUGCGGCCCCCGGCGAGCUUCCUCGUCGCCGACGCGUUCCUGCACUGGACCAACGACUCCGCGGCCGUGCUCGGCGUCCCCAAGGUGUCCUUCCUUGGCACCUCGACGUUCGCGCACGUCAUGCGCGAGCUGAUUGUCCGCCAAGACCCGUUCGCCGUCCUGCGGCCCAGGGACGCCGUCGACGACGACGACGAGAACGGCGGCGGUGGCGGGCCGCCGGCGACGACGUUCUCCAUGCCGGAGUUCCCGCAAGUCAAGCUGUCGGUGGAGGAGCUUAUGCUGACGUUCAGGGACUCGUCGGCGUUCGUGGCGAUGAUGGAGCUGGACGCGAAGAUGGGGAAGUCCAUCGAGGAAAGCCAUAGCUUGAUCAUCAACACGUUCCAUGGCCUAGAGGCUCCCUACAUCAAGUUCUGGAACGAACAUGUUGGGCCUAGGGCCUGGCCCAUCGGUCCACUCUGCCUUGCGCAGCCCGCAUCUGCGCCCGCCGCUACCCGGCCCUCAUGGAUGGCGUGGCUGGACAACAAGGCGGCUGCCGGCCAGUCGGUACUGUACAUUGCGCUCGGGACUCUAGCGGUGAUCCCAGAAGUACAGCUCAAGGAAGUCGCCAAAGGGUUGGAGAGGGCCGAGGUUGACUUCAUAUGGGUCGUAAGCCCUAAAGACAUCGACCUCGGCCCAGGGUUCGAAGAACGCGUCAAGGGAAAGGGGAUAGUGGUAAGGGAUUGGGUUGAUCAAUCCCAAAUUUUGCAACACAAGAGUGUGCGAGGUUUCCUCAGUCACUGCGGGUGGAACUCUGUGCUUGAGAGUGUCACGGCUGGUGUGCCACUAGCAGUUUGGCCAAUGAAUUUUGACCAACCGCUCAAUGCGAGAUUCUUAAUUGAUGAUAUGAAGAUAGCGGUUAUGGUUUGGACGAGCAAUAGUCUCAGGCGAGGUUUGGUUACACAUGAGGAGAUCUCAAGGGUGGUGACGGAGCUGAUGUUAGGAAAGGUGGGGGUAGAAGCUGCUAAGAAUGUUGCAAAGCUGUCGACUUUAGCUAAGAAGGCUGUGGAUGAAGGAGGAUCAUCAUGGGUUGUAGUGAGGGAGAUGAUCAAUGAGUUGUGCGCAAUCAAUGCUAAUAGGAAGUAAGAGAGAAACCUUGAUCAUAUCAUAAUUUGAUUAGACAGGUUCAACUCUUAAUUUGAUGAGUUGGCAUAUCUGUGUGUAUUGGAUGGAGUAUUUGGGGGAUAUGGGGGUUGGUGCUUGCAUCUAUAGAUGUAACAUGAUUCUCUUUGUGUA